AUGGCGGCCGCGACUUCGAUGCAGAAUAGGGGGCUCAUUCACACCGCUGCAUGUCUGAUUAUCGGAGACGAGGUUUUGGGGGGAAAGACAACCGAUACGAACUCGGCCUACUUUGCCAAAUUUUGCUUCUCCCUAGGCAUUAAUUUGAGGAGGAUAGAAGUCAUUGCUGACGAUGAAGACGAGAUUGUCGAAGCAGCGCGUAGGAUGUCAAAGAACUACGACCUAGUGGUGACAUCGGGUGGAAUUGGUCCAACACACGACGACAUCACCUACCAGUCGAUAGCCAAAGCGUUCAACUUGCCGUUAAAACUGCAUGGCGAUGCCUUUGAGCGCAUGAAGCGACUGUCGAAACCGCACCCAUCACAACCAAACUUUGACUGGAACACCCCCUCGGCCGCACUUACCGCAAAGAAGCGUAUGGUAGAGCUUCCGUUAGAUGAUUCGCGGCCAUAUGACGAGCAGGUGAUUUUCGUCAAGGACACUCUAUGGGUGCCAAUUAGUUGCGUAAAUGGCAAUAUCCACAUACUGCCUGGCGUCCCGAGUUUGUUCCAAAGCAUGUUGGAUGGACUGAAGCCACUCCUUCUGCCCAGAUUGACUGAUCCAGAGGGCAGAGGGGUCCAUCGAAUCCUAAUCUCAACUCCCAUGGCCGAAAGUGCUAUUGCUGAAUACCUGACACAGCUGGCCGCCAAGACCGAGCUCAAAGGGGUCAAAAUAGGCAGCUACCCAAGAUGGGGCAAGGAGCACAACACAGUCACGCUUGUCGGCAGAGACGUCGAAUAUAUGGAGUCUCUGAUCCCGGAAGUGGAGGAGGCGGUUCAGGGGCGGCGGGUAUUGGUGGAAGGGGAAGAUGACAGCCCCGAGCAAGACGCAGAGGCAGGCAAACUCGCGUCCGGCUGA